CAGCUCCAUACUUGUAACAUUGAUAUGUGUUUACAUCCUGACAAGCACAGAAACCUGAAGUGUAAACAGAGGGUGACAUUCCCUAUAUCUACAACAGAGUGUAUUACUGAGACCGGAACAUGGGGUAUACUCCGGAGAAACAGUUAUCUGAAUAACUGGAAUCCAUCUGUUGCCAGAAUGAUGAGAUGCAAUCACAAUAUAAAACUCCAGACCAACGGGCACAAAACAAAAGACACAAUGUGGUACUGCACCUGUUAUGCUCUCAAGAAGCAAAGAAAGUCAUACAAAGCAACUGGUAUUCUCGCACAAUGGAUGGUGUAUCAC